AUGUCGUUCGACGCCAAAACGACGGGGAAUGCGCCGGAGAUUGAGAUGCAGUUCGCGGUGAAGACAGUGGAGCACCUGGAGGCAUAUGAGAAGCUGCUCGGUGCCAUCCCACCAAGUAGAAUGAAGCUCACGCCUAUGGACGACGAAAUCCACUCCCGUUUCCUUGAAAUCUUCCCAGAGUACAAGUUUGACGAGGCGCUCAGAAUACUAGACGAGGACAAGAUGAAGACCGCGGCUGGGAAGGAGAGAUGGCGGAGCUUUAUCAUGCCAUAUGAGGGACGGUUGACGGACUACAACUUUGGGACGCUCGUACGCCGGAAUGCGGAUGAGCCGUACGGGGAGGACAACUGUAUCUUGGUUACUCGAGUGCAGUUCUUCGGCAUCGAGAUUGCGCGGAACCGAGCGGGUCUCAAUGACAAGGUGUAUAAUGCGGCGCAGGCAGCCAAGGCCAAGAGCUCAUGA